UUGAGGUUGCCGGUCUAUCCGUGCUGCGAGCAGUCCCGGAGAAGGCCGGGAAGAUGGCGGCCUCCUGGAGGCUACGCUGUGACCUGCCGCUGCUACGAUGCCUCCUGGGCUUUGGCAGCCGUCGAAGCUUGGGCCUGGCUCAGGGUGCUGCAGCGUGGCCUGUCGGCCGUGCAGCGAGCUGGAGGUGGUUUCAUGGCACUCAGCUGCUGCAGGCUGACCCUAUUAAGAUCCUAAUGCCAUCACUGUCUCCUACCAUGGAACAAGGGAACAUUGUGAAAUGGCUGAAAAAGGAAGGUGAAGCUGUGAGUGCUGGAGACUCAUUAUGUGAAAUUGAGACAGACAAGGCUGUGGUCACCUUAGAUGCAAAUGACGAUGGCAUCUUAGCCAAAAUAGUGGUUGAAGAAGGAGCUAAAAACAUAAAGCUGGGUUCACUCAUUGGCUUGAUGGUUGAAGAAGGAGAAGAUUGGAAACACGUGGAAAUUCCCAAAGAUGUGGGUGCUCCACCUCCGGUUUCACAGCCAGCAGUGCCUCCUCAGCCCUCUCCACAGCUGCAGAUUUCGAGCCCUGCCAGGAAGGAACACACAGUAGGGACACCACGGUUCCGCUUAAGUCCAGCUGCCCGCAACAUUCUGGAAAAGCAUUCAUUGGAUGCCAGCCAGGGCACAGCCACAGGCCCUCGAGGGAUCUUCACUAAAGAAGAUGCACUCAAGUUAGUUGAACUGAAACAGAUGGGCAAGAUUACAGAAUCCAGACCAGCCCCCACUCUCUCUGCAUCUGUGCCUCCUCAGGCCACAGCUGGACCAUCUUACCCAAGGCCAAUGAUCCCACCAAUGUCCAUCCCUGGGCAACCUAACGCAGCGGGUACAUUCACUGAAAUUCCUGCCAGCAACAUUCGGAGAGUUAUUGCCAAGAGGUUAACUGAAUCAAAAAGCACUGUGCCUCAUGCCUAUGCUACUGCUGACUGUGAUCUUGGAGCAGUUUUAAAAGUUAGACGAGAUCUGGUCAAAGAUGACAUUAAAGUCUCGGUGAAUGACUUUAUCAUCAAAGCAGCAGCUGUUACUCUUAAACAAAUGCCUGGGGUUAAUGUCAGCUGGGAUGGAGAAGGCCCAAAGCAGCUGCCCUCUGUGGACAUUUCAGUGGCUGUGGCAACUGACAAAGGUUUAAUUACACCAAUCAUAAAAGAUGCAGCUGCUAAGGGUGUACAGGAGAUUGCUGACUCUGUGAAGGUUCUGUCAAAGAAAGCAAGAGAUGGAAAAUUGUUACCUGAGGAAUACCAAGGAGGAUCUUUUAGUAUUUCCAACUUGGGGAUGUUUGGCAUUGAUGAAUUCGCUGCAGUGAUCAACCCUCCUCAGGCAUGUAUUUUGGCAGUUGGGAGAUUCCGACCAGUGCUAAAGCUCGCUGAGGACGAAGAGGGGAACCCCCAGCUGCGGCAGCACCAGCUUAUAACUGUCACAAUGUCAAGUGACAGCCGAGUGGUUGAUGACGAACUAGCCACCAAGUUUCUUGAAAGUUUCAAAGAAAACCUAGAGAAUCCCAUGCGACUUGCAUAGUCUUCAAAGACCAGAUGUUUACUGAGUAGUUGUUAACCAGGUAUGCAAUUGGGUAUAAGUAUGAAGUAGGUAAAAUGCUUUAUUUAUAUAAGGCGAAAACCUUUCGCCUAAGCUGUCUUCAUUUUCCCUGUAUGUUUAUUUUAAGUAGAAAUGUGUGAUGAUAAACUGUGACUAAUAAAGAACAUUUGGUUAGUCAGAUCCAUUUUUACCUCUGGUGCUGUAUAGAAGGGUAUUAAACUGAUAUAAACCACAUCCAAUGUUUGGUUCAUUUGAAAUCUGGGAAUAGUAGUGAAUGUAUGAUAUUGUAAAAUUAAAACAAAAUAUAUAGAACUCUA